UGUCUGAGGCUAGGGUCUAACGACCGAUGCUCUGCCGCCCCCCCGCCCCCUUAGUGUAACCCUUAGGAUGGGGGAUGCUGGAAAACGCCAGCCUUCCCUACCCAUUGCCUACUCGCCUCUUCGUGCCAUAAUAACGGCAUGCCAUGCCUUUCACCGUCUCUGCACUCCAUCCCCGCUAAGCUGUGGACAGACCUGGUCUUCCUGCAUAUAUAUCUUCAGUAGUUCGCAACCAUCUCUGCCCAUGCACUUCAUCAUCCUCACAUCUCUACAACUCUUCCCUUCUGCGGUUUGUCUGCCUCCCUCUCAAGUAUUCAAGUGGCCGUUGGAGAGUUGAGCAUUUGUCUUCUCUGUCCUUUUUUGCCCCUUAUUAACCCUGUCCCCUUUUCCCUCAUCAUUACCGGGAUACACGACAAACCCACCCACACACACAUAUAUAUCACAAUGGCCAACUACGUGUCACCAGAGUCGAUCAAGGCGGGAGCUCGCGAUACCUCCCAGAGACUCGACAAUCCCAUCCACAAUGAGAGACAGAUCCGUGUCAUCUGCAUCGGCGCCGGUGCCUCCGGUCUUCUGGUCGCCUACAAGCUGCAGAAGCACUUUACCAACUACUCCCUGACCGUCUACGAGAAGAACGAGGCCGUAGCCGGCACCUGGUUUGAGAACAGGUAUCCUGGCUGCGCUUGCGACGUCCCCUCGCACAACUACACUUGGAGCUUCGAGCCCAACCUCAGCUGGUCCGCCGUCUACCCCCCCUCCAACGAGAUCUUCGACUACUUCGAGGGCUUCGCCAGGAAGUACUGCCUGCACCAGUACGUCAAGGUGCGCCACCAGGUCGUCGGCGCCGCCUGGGACCACGUCAACGGCGGCUACACCGUCCAGGUGCAGGACCUGGCCACCGGCAAGAUCACCACCGACCACUGCGACAUGCUCGUCAACGCCGGCGGCGUGCUCAACCACUGGAAGUGGCCCGCCAUCCCCGGCCUCGACAAGUACAAGGGCGUCCUCCUCCACACCGCCAACUGGGACGAGUCGGUCUCGCUCGAGGGCAAGGUGGUCGGCCUCAUCGGCAACGGCUCCUCCGGCAUCCAGGUCCUCCCCGCCAUCCGGGACAAGUGCAAGAAGGUCACCACCUUCAUCCGCGAGCCCACCUGGGUCUCCCCCGUCCAGGGCAUGGAGCAGCACAAGUACACGCCCGAGGAGCGCCGCGCGUUCGCCGAGAAGCCCGGCGCCCUGCUCGACUACCGCAAGAACAUCGAGUCCGGGCUCAACGGCCAGUUCGGCAUCUUCCUCAAGGAGAACCGCGUCAACAUCGACACCCACGCCUACAUGAAGCAGCAGAUGAAGGAGAAGCUCAACAACGCCUUCCUCGAGGAGAAGCUCAUCCCCGACUGGAGCGUCGGCUGCCGCCGCCUGACCCCCGGCGUGGAUUACCUCGAGUCCCUGACCAAGCCCAACGUCCAGGUCGUCUACGGCGAGAUCCUCGAGGUCACCGAGAAGGGCUGCCUCUGCGACGACGGCAACGAGUACCCCGUCGACGUGCUCAUCUGCGCCACCGGCUUCGACACCUCCUUCCGCCCCCGCUUCCCCGUCGUCUCCCCCUCGGGCGAGAACCUGCAGGACAAGUGGGCCAAGGUGCCCGAGUCGUACCUGGGCAUCGGCGUCGCCGGCUUCCCCAACUACUUCUGCAUGCUGGGCCCCAACUGCCCCAUCGGCAACGGGCCCGUGCUGUCCGCCAUCGAGGCGCAGUGCGACUGGAUGCUCAAGAUCAUGGACCGCUUCCAGAGCACCAACAUGGCGCGCAUCGCGCCCAAGGAGGAGGCCGUGCGCGACUUUGUCGAGUUCAAGGAGUGGUUCAUGAAGCGCACCGUCUGGUCCGACCCGUGCCGCUCUUGGUACAAGCCCGGCCCGGACGGCCCCGUCGUCGCCCUCUGGCCGGGCUCCACCCUGCACUACAUCGAGGCCAUGAGCCACGUCCGCUUCGACGACUUCGACAUCACCUACGCCGGCAACCGCUUCGCCUUCCUCGGCAACGGCUACUCCCAGACCGAGCUCGACCCGACCGCCGACUGGGCCUACUACAUCCGCGAGCGCGACGACGACGCCCCCCUCUCCACCGGCGGCAGGCGCAAGCUCAUCUCCAAGACCGGCACCGUCACCACCCGGGACGUUGUCGUCUUUAGCGGCAACAAGGAGGAGGCGGAGCGCGUCAAGGCCGAGACUUCGGCGAAGCUCUGAGCGGAGCAGAAGAAAAGGAUGGUGGUGAUGAGAUGAGAGGAUCCCGCGGUGUACUGGUAUAAAGAGGAAUUGCGUGGACCGUGUUCGUGUUUGUUGGAAAGGAGGGGGGAGUUAAUUAUGUAAACUUUGUUGUUUCUGUCGGCAUAGACACGGCGGACGGCAGUUUUCUGUGUCUAUUGUAUAUAGCCAUUUUUCGUCUUGUCUUGACCGGGCAUAGCAGUAGCAUUCUUUAUGAUACAUGUUUCCAGGCCAGCG